AUGGUUGUUACGCCAAAGAAAACUCCGCCCAAGGCGCGAUUGGCACUCACGCCGACCAAGAUUCUACAGGAACGUUACCAGCGCCUGGUCGACUCACCAAAAUUAUGUACGCGCAAAGAAAUGGCAAGUUUUUACGUUUUUUCUGGGUUUUAGGUAUAUUUUACCUUGUUUUGAGUUUCUUCGAUAUUGUAUUAGAUAUUUCGGGAGUUUUUGAAGGUAAUGUCAGGGAUUAUAGGCAUUAUCAGGUAGGAUAAUUAUUCUUGUUGUUUUUUAGAUAUAUUUUUAGUAGCAAAAUUUAAAAACUGUAAACGUUUAUUGACAUAAUGAAAGACAGCUUUGUAGACUUGAAUCAAGCUUAUGGUGUUUUAUUUUUAGUGUAUGAGGAACUCUCGAGAAUGCGAAAAGAUGACGAACAAUGCCAGAUUAUGUCGUACAGCACCGAUGAAUAUGAAGAUUGGCAAGAAAGGAUCAGUUAUGGGAUCAACCAGACCAAGAAUCGUCAGUUUCAGUGAUACGCGUAAGCUUUUCUUAUUUGUUUUUUGAUGUUUAGGUAGUUUUUCAAUUGUUUUGUUGAGAAUCGACAUAGAAAACAUUAUGAUGUUCAAGUUUAAGGUUCUAUAUCUGAUCUAUGAACACUAUUGUGUUUGUUUGAAUAUUAGGUAACAAACUUUACAUUUUUUGUUUUCAGCACCUGAUAUGAGUAUACAUUACAGUCCAAAUAAACUGGACAAUUAUCUGGAUCAAGUUUUUAUUAAGGUUGGAGCUUUGGGCAAUGGAUCGUUUGGAAAUGUCAGUUUUUUUGGUAUAACACCAUCAAAAUUAGCUAUAUUGCAUAAUUUCCUGAUAAAUAUUGUAAAAUGUAUUUUAGGUGUACUGUAUGAUGUCCCGUGACGACCACAAGUAUUAUGCUGUAAAAUGUUCCCAAAACAACUACCGUUGUCGUCGUGAUCGCGUCGAGAAGCAACGUGAAGUCAUGUUUUUGGAGCGAUUGAACCAUCUGAAUGUCGUUCGUUUUUACUCGGCGUGGGAAGAGAACGAUCUUCUGUACAUCCAGACUGAACUCUGUGAAAAGUCUCUACAAGCCUUUAUUUUGGAUACUGAUGGGAAGGUGCCAGAAGGCACGGUAUGGAAUGCUUUUGUCGACAUGCUUCAUGUAGGUUUUUGGAGUUUGUAAUAUCUAAUGGACUUGCUGUUAUAGUAUGCAAUAUUAAAGCUUCAUUUUACUGUACUUCUUGAUUUAGUGAUUUAUGUUUUAGGCUGUCAGAUACAUUCAUAAAUUGGAUAUUGUGCACGUUGACAUCAAGCCAGACAACAUCUUUAUGACUUCAAAGAAGAUUUUCAAAUUGGGCGAUUUCGGAAUGGCUGUUGAUUUGAAAAAUGUAAGUUCUUGUAUUAGUUUUAUCAAUACAUAAAAAAAGCUUUAAUUUUACUAUCUUAAAACUUUUUACAAAAUUUUUGAAAUAUUAACUUAUUUUAGGACGAAGGCCUGGACAGAGACCACGAAGGAGAUGCCAAAUACCUGGCUGCCGAAGCCUUGAACAUGGAAAAUGUGACCAAGAAGAUGGACAUCUUUAGUUUGGGACUUUCCAUCUUCCAAUUGGCCACCGACUUGUGGGUACCCACCAAUGGAAAGGCGUGGCACGACAUCAGAGAACACAGAUUCAGCGACGAAAUUCUUGAAAGUAAGUUUGUCUUGAAUGUAAUGUGUUGUAAAUGGAUUCAAAUUACCAUUUCUUAAGUUUUGUCUUUUUUUUUACCUUUUUACUGUAAAUUAAAUACUUUCAGAAUGCCCAAAGGACCUACAAGAUAUAUUGUUAUCGAUGAUGAAGUUGGAUCCCGAUGAACGUCCUGAAGCUCACGAAAUUCUCAAUUUACCUACUGUUCAAGACAAGGCCAGGAAUCGUCAAAUCACGACUUCGAACUUGGUAUGUUAUGUCGCUUUUCUUAUUGUAAAAGUAAUUCGGGUUACAGUUGUUUUUACCAUCACCUUUCGUAUACUCUUAUUAUUACUCUGUACUAAAAUUUAUGGCCGUCAGUUUGACUACUUGAGUUCUUAAUUAUAUACUUUCAGAGAUGGGACGACACGACAGUCUUUUCUCCUCAACUUUCAUUCGAAGUCAGAGACAAGUACUUCCACACUCCUCCAUCCCAACGUCAGUUCGAGAACUCGUCAAUGUUCACUCCAGUUCGCCAUCCCGCUUCUCUGAAGCGAUGCCACAAGGUCCCGAGCUUCCUCCAAACCCAAGUAAUCACCGAAUCCUCGUUCGGGUAA